AUGCUUACCGAUUUUCGUUGGGAACGGGUCAACCUCGCGAACUUCUUCGACUACGCUCGGCGCACGAGAGAAUACAAUCAGGACAAAAACGAACCUGUUGGUGGCGAUCCCACCUUCGAUGCCGGGGAGAUAGCGCUGACAGAUGGUGGUCUCCCCCUCGCUUUCCUCAACUUCCUGAAACGACGUGGUUACCAACUAAGUACACAAGAGCAGAUUCUGCUCGCGAGACUAAAACGAUACAACCACAAAAGAUACUGCCUGGUGCUGCGGAGGCUUGAUAAUGGCGACUACAUAGUCUGCUAUCUGGCUACUCACGGCAGAGCGUUCUUUGGUAAGAACAUCGCAAAUCCCAUUGGACGGUUCUUUAGCAUCGCUCUCGGCAGCACCCCCGAAUGGCCACCCGGUACUGACCCCAUCAAAGUCAGCCCUCGCUGGAUUAAGGGCUCUUUCAUCUACGGGGUCCCGGUCGUGCAGUCCAAAUUAACUGUCCCCAAAUACGGAACGGCGCGUCGCUUUAUGGUGCAGUCCGGAGAGCUUCAAAGGCUGAUGACAUUCAUUGAGAAGCGAAUCAAACUCUUUGAUCAACAUCACAAGAGGCUACGCAAAGGACAUAUAGAGCGUUUGUUCACCAACUUUGAUGAGGACGUGUCUGCGGAGGACCUCAAACUUGCUGAUUCUCUCGCGGCGAAGAUCGCUGCUGAGGAAGCGACUCUUGCAGUGGCCCAGCAAGUCGACGACACAGAACACCCCACCGCUUUACCGCGAGAUCCCGACAAUAUACCAACGCACGAAUAUCGGUCUAACAAACGACCCAUUCGCUGGUUGAAACCAGAUGGUUAUUACAACAAUGGGCGAUAUCUUAUGGCCAACCUCAGGCACGACGUUAUGCAAAGUUCGAUUUACCUCAAUCGCGCUCGUGUGAUGUUCCCUAAAGUCAAGUUCAAGACGCUACCCAAGCCUUUCUACGCCCCAAUGCUGCGUCGUGUAAAUACCAACAGCCUGUUACGCAUCGUUCCAUGA